AUGGCUUUCGGCACCAGCGGAAAAGGAACGAGUCUAUUUAUCAUUCAGCUUUGUUGCUUACUCCUAGUGUGGAUCACCGCAAUUCUUCGGGCAUGGGUAGGGAUAAUUAGAAAGUCAUGUACUAUGGAUGACUGGUUCAUGUACUUGUCUGUUGGUCUUUAUACUAGCUUGGCCAUCUUUGUGUUUCGAGGCACGGUUGUUGGUGGCAUUGGCAAAUACACGGACAAUCUCACCAUGCAAGAAGCCAUCGUGGGUAUGCAGUCGUGGUACUUCGGCGAGCUCAUCUACGGAGUAUUGUCGAUCCUAGUAAGGGUCUCUAUUAGCCUGUAUAUUCUUCGGAUUUGCAGAAGCAGGACGCCUAAACGAAUCAUCUAUGCGAGCUUGACUAUUUUCCGUAGCAUCAACAACAAAGGCUCAUGCGAAAGCUCUCGCGUGACUACUACUGCGAUAGCCCUGAGUGCUAUUGCUGGCAUCAGUGACUGGAUCAUUGCCUUGAUGCCGGCGGUAAUUCUUUGGAACAUUCGCAUCUCGCGGCGGUCGAAAAUCAUCAUCAUUGGACUGACGAGCCUCGGAGUUUUAGCCGGUAUUGCUAUUAUUAUUCGGAUACCGUUCAUCAAGGGCCUAGAAAUCACCAAGGAGUUUUUGUAUAAGACGGUGUGA